AUGGCUCCGCUGCUGGCGCCGGGCCGGGACCGGGCAGGUCGCGAGGAUGAGGACGGCUGCGAGGCGCGCGGGGACCGCAAGGCCCGGAAGCCCCUGGUGGAGAAGAAGCGGCGCGCGCGGAUCAACGAGAGCCUGCAGGAGCUGCGGCUGCUGCUGGCGGGCGCCGAGGUGCAGGCCAAGCUGGAAAACGCCGAGGUGCUGGAGCUCACGGUGCGGCGCGUGCAGGGCGCGCUGCGGGGCCAGGCGCGCGAGCGCGAGCAGCUGCAAGCGGAAGCCAGCGAGCGCUUCGCCGCCGGCUACAUCCAGUGCAUGCACGAAGUGCACACGUUCGUGUCCACGUGCCAGGCCAUCGACGCUACCGUCGCCGCCGAGCUCCUGAACCACCUGCUCGAGUCCAUGCCGCUGCGCGAGGGCAGCAGCUUCCGCGAUCUGCUGGGGGACGCCCUGUCUGCGCCGCCCGCAGCCCCGGGGCGGAGCAACUGGCUCGUAGGAGGCGCGCUCGAGUCCCCGCUGCCCAGCCCCCGGGGCUCCGGGGACGACCAGUCCUCAGACCUGGAGGAGGUCCCCGAGGCUGAACUGAGCCGUGCCCCGCCUGCCGAGGGGCCAGACUCGGUGCCCGCAGCCCUGGGCAGCCUGACUGCUACCCGCUUGGCCCAGAGUGUCUGGAGGCCUUGGUGA